AUGAUAGAGAGCAACGAAGGCAGAGAAGAAGAGGGGGAAAUAAACGAGGCGCAUUCAUCGGAUGCCGAAUCGAGCGACUCUAGUUUUGGCCCCGCCCCGCUGGAGGCCUCCAGUCCGCAUGGAGGGGCAUCGCAGGAUGGAGACGGUGAUGGAGAGGGUGAUGGAGAGGGUGAUGGAGAGGGUGAUGAAGCAGGAGACGUAAGCGCCGAUGCAGACGCUGACAGGGAGGCGCUGCCGGGCCCCCGCGCCCCAGGCAAGCGACAAGGCAAGCCGACAACCAGGGGCACAAAGAAAAAACGAAUAAACAACGACAUAUAUUUGAAGAACCUCCCAACGAACAAGAACUACCAAGUGAGCUACAUGCAUACCGAUGUUGUGACGCACGUCCUUGUGAGUAACAAAAAAAAGUACAUAGUGACGGGAAGCGCAAAUGGAGUGGUAAAGUUUUGGUACAAAAAUGUGGGGUCCAUCGAAUUUGUGAAACAUUUUAAAAUUCAUUUGAAUGAAAUUAUUUGUUUAUUCCUUUCGGAAGAUGAGGAAGUCAUGGGCAGUUUAUCUAAAGACAAGACAUACAAGCAAUUUGACGUAAGUAGCUUUGACAUGAACAUUAUAAUAAAAUUAGACUUUUGUCCUCAGACGGGAGAAUUUGUGUACUCUUCUCUCUUUUCCCCAUCUGUUAAGGUAGCCAUUUCGUCGAGUGAAAAGGCAUGUAUAUAUAUUUACAAGCCAUUGGAGAGUGACGUUUGCACACAGGUAAUCAACUUUAGCUCAAAUGUUAUUGAAAUUAUUAAGUACAAUAAGGAGUAUGACCUGUGUGUGCUAUGUGAUAAUAGUGGCCUCAUCGACAUUGUGGACGUGGAGACUUUUCACUUCCCCAAGGGGGGUGGCGGGGCCCAUCAUCACCAAAGGGGUAGAUACAGUCAAGAUAGCCACAGCGAAGAUGAGGGCACACCCAUGUAUGCGAAAAGGAAUCAUCUGAGGAAGAAGCAAAUAACCUUUUCCUUCAAAAGUGAAACAGAUUUAUACGAACUGUGCAAGUAUAAAACAUAUGCACUAUGUGUGAACAUAAGCCCUGAUGGAGAGUUCAUGGCCAUCCUAUCGGAAAAUUAUUUUUUGCUCAUUUAUAAAUUUGGGACCAUGAAAUUAUACAGAGUAUAUGAUGAAAGUACAGAGAUGUAUUUGACUGCCCAGAAUGACCCCUUAAAAAAGGAGCUCCAUAUUGAUAGCCUAGAUUUUGGGAAAAGGCUCUUCAUUGAAAAAGAAAUAAAAAAACACAUAAAAAGUAAGAAUAUAAAAUUUAAUAUGAUUACAUUUGAUGAGUCCAAUCAGUAUAUUAUUUAUUCUACCUUCAUUGGAAUUAAGGUCGUUAAUUUUGUUACUAACCAGUUGUGCUAUAUAAUUGGAAAAAACGAAAUGAAUCUGAGGUACCUGUCCCUUGCCCUUUAUCAAAAAAUUAUUGCAGCCAAUAAAACCAGAGAAAAUAUUCAUGAGUCACUCUAUGUCAAUGACGAGAAUAUCUCCGAUUGUGCUCUCUUUUGUACUGUGUACAAGAAAGCGCGUUUCUAUGUGUUCACGAAAAAGGUUAUAUCUGAACAGGAACUGGAUGACAGAGAUAUAUACAAUGAACAGCCAACCAAAAAUGAUCUCAACUCCUUUUUUUCUUCACCUAUAAAAAAGGUAGAAGAUAAUAACAGAACGUAUAAAAGUGCAAUCAUUUAUACAAGCCUUGGGGAAAUACACAUUGCUCUUUUUUACAAAGAAUGCAAAAAAACAGUGGAGAAUUUUUCUGUGCACUCGACAAAUGGCUACUACAAUAAUUGCAUAUUCCAUCGCGUUAUCAAAAAUUUUAUGAUUCAAACUGGAGACCCCUUGGGAGAUGGCACUGGUGGGGAAAGUAUUUGGGGUAAGGAAUUUGAAGACGAAUUUUUUGACCAUCUGAAUCACUCUAAACCAUUUAUGGUGUCCAUGGCCAACUGUGGACCCAAUACAAAUGGCUCCCAGUUUUUUAUUACCACUGUCCCGUGCCCUUGGCUCGACUUCAAACACACCGUCUUUGGAAAAGUCACCCAGGGCACCAAGGUCGUAUUAGACAUAGAGAAAGUGCGCACGGACAAAAGGGACAAGCCUCUCGAUGAUAUCAAAAUUUUGAACAUCAAAAUGUGCCAUUAG